GGAAGCGGGUCACAGGUCCUACCGCGCUUCACCAACGUCGGUCCUUCAUUUCACACAGUUGCAGGAAGAGUCCUUUGCAAAAAUUCAUCAGAAAGGCUGCCAGAAAUGGAAGCGAAGCUUCGUGUAAUAAUUGAUGACCGGAUUGAGAAGCUGGUUCUACCAUCAGGGAUCCCCCAAACAGUGCAGGAGCUGCAAAGUGUUGUGAAGGAUACCUUUGGUAUUGCAGAUGACUUCAGUCUUCAGUAUAUGGACUCAGAAUUUGAAGACUACUUUACUCUUAAUAGAAGUGACCAAAUCAAACACAAAGACACCAUAAAGAGUCUAGUGGAACAUCAUCUUCACAGGACACCAUUAUUCUGAGUCCGCCGAGCACCACUGGACGAUGUCAACCCUGGCCAAAGCUGUUCCCUAUUCCAGUGUUUGCUUAUGAAACUGAGAUGUACCUUGAAAGAGCCACUGAGAACUUCAAGAAGAAUGGAACAUUUAUGACUACCUCAAAGGUCAAGGCAGACAUACUGGAGAAGUUGGCAGAAACUAUUUUUACAUACACAGCUUAUCCAUCAGGUGGACAGAUAAGUGAUGUUGCUGAGGCACUUGUCAAAAAAUAUCCAUGUCUCAAAGAAUCUGGUUCUUUUUCUGGUUACUAUGGCUGGCAACAAAGCUUAAAGUACAAGAUGGCAAAUUAUCGCACCAAACUGCGAGGCUUUGGUGUACCUGAGGUCCUGUGCAAUGCAGUUAAACACAAGAGCCCUGCUGACCAGAAAUCUGCCAAGAAUGUUAAGAAGCCCAGAAAGGCAGAGGUAAAUUAUCUCCCUCCAUACCCACCAGGAGAGGAUAAGGACAGUCAGGAAGAAGAGAGGAUUCAGUUGCUCACUGAAGUGAAGAAAAAAGACAAUGAGAAGUUGAUCAAAGAAAAAAUGGCUAAAACAUUUGCACACAGACGUCAUGAAAUCGUCAGCCUGUCACCCAGCAUUGAGGACAUCAAAGCUAGAUGGCCUGCUCUGUUUCAGGCCUCUCAUCUGCAGGAUGAAUUCCUAAGGAUUACCACAAUACACCUGGAACCAAAAUUCAUGGCCAAGCUGGAUGAGUAUUCUCCGAAGUUGUUGGCUGUCUUCAAUUCCAAGGGAGGAGCCAUGGGAUUGAAAUUGCAGGGCAUCUUGCUUAAGGCACAAAGCAAUCCAAGCAUCAAUACUACCAGAGAUCUUGUAAUUCAGUGCCUGAUGGUGUACCUCGGGGAACAUACCGAUCAACUCUUCAAGGAGUAUAAUGAUGUUGAUGGAGACAGUGUUUCACAAGACCUCAGUGAGCAACAAAUGAAAAUCUACAAAAUCAAGACCACACUGUCAGAGGACUGGGAUGAUGUUGGUAUCGUGGUUGAGGGGGUGAGAGUUUUGGCUGACCUGGGCAAUGUUCCAAGGGCCUGUGUCAUGCUUAUUGGGUUGGCAUACGCAGUGGAUCUUGCUUAUCCUAAAGAGCUAAGGUACACCUUAGAAGUAUUCCAGAAACUCUUCCUGGAACUGGACUCUACAAGGCUGUCACCAAAAGUGAACAGCCUCAAGAACAAGUUGCUUGCUUAAAUAUGAACUCUUACAGAGCGAAAGGGAUGCGAGUUCACUUUGAGUAAUAUGUGAUAUUCUUUCAAGUUAUGCACUUGCCAAGAUAGACCCAAGAUGGUCCCUGGUGUUUGACAGGUUGUAUUUGUUAUCUUCUUUUGUAUUUACUGUCUAUUUUAUUGGAACAUUAACUGAGUUGGCCUUUUCAAAACUAAGAUGGAUGACACAUAUUGUCAAGCUUAGUUUCUCAUGCACCUUCUUCAGACUUUAAGUUAUUUUUUUUUCUUUUACUAUUACAUGUUCAGUAAUAUUUUCACUGAUGGUGUAUUGUAACACUUUUAUUUACCGGUACUUAAAUUUGCAGUUUUACAGACAGUUACAGUGAGAAAAAACAAAACAAAAAUGUCUGUAGUCCAAGCACUGUCAGGUUCAAAUUUAGUUUGUAAUGUGUUAUUGAGCCCAAGUUGUACAUUCUGAUUUUAUAAUGGCAGAAAUGCAUUUAUACUUAAAUUUCUUCAUGUAUUCAAGUGAGGUGCUAAACAUGUAACCUGAAUGAAGGACUUUUGGGCUUGGUAUUAGCACUGGCAACUGUUCAUUUUGUUUUAAUACACUGUUCGUCAGGAAUACAAAUUCUUAUGUAAAUCUGGGUAACUGAAUUAGAAAGUGCAUGGAGUUCUUCUUGUGACUGACUUGGUAAGUAGUAGAGGGCAGGGAAAUGGAUUCAGUUGACCAUAUCCCAGGAUCCUAGUUAAUGAUCAAGUAAGAGUUCAUAACUGAUCUAUGUGUAGGGAAAACUUGCUCGAUGAUGUGCACUUUUUUUUUUUUUUUUUUUUUUUGGGGGGGGGGGGGGGGAUUGCUGUACUAUACAUUUUGCCCAGAGGAUGUUGGACAGUUACAUUUUGAAAUGUUGUGAACAUAAUAAAUGUUUACCUUG